AUGAUAUAUAUCCUAGCAUUCGUGCUAUUCUGGCUCAACCAUACACACGCAAACCGGCUUGCGCACCGAAAUGCAGACCAGAUCGUUCUCGACACUGGAAGGUUCAACUCAGUUCCGAACGCCGAGAACGUGUCACUUCGCAUUGACCAUAACAACAAAACAAGCUCAAACUUUUCGAAUCGUUUCUAUGUCAAGGCCGAUUGGUACGAACCAGGAGGUCCCGUAUUUCUAUACGAUGGUGGUGAGGGUACUGCCGAUACUAGCCACAUUAAUAGCAACAAGUUUACCUCUGAUAAGCAGUUGAGCUUUUUUGAGAGAUUCUUGAAAGGCCACAGGGGCCUGGGCAUCGUCUGGGAACAUCGAUAUUAUGGAGAAUCUCUCCCCCUGCCGCAGAACCGGCUUAUCGAAAGUAGAGAGGAAGAUUUCAAAUAUCUUACUACGAAACAAGCUCUUGAUGACGUUAUGGUCUUUGCCAGUUCCUUCAAGAGGUCUGAGAAGCAAUUCAAAGGUGUGGAUCUUACGCCCAAAAAGACACCCUGGAUAUUCAUCGGAUGCUCUUAUCCAGGAGUUCGAGCUGCCAUCAUGCGCGUUGCAUACCCGGACACGAUAUUUGCCUCAUAUGCCGCCUCUGCUCCCAUCGAGGCGAAAGUGGACAUGUCUUCGUAUUACCAGCCGAUCUGGUCAGGUAUGACGAGUUAUCUUUCAAAUAUUUGGGGUACGUGGCAGAACUAUGGCAUGGAGCGUGAGCCUGACCCCGAAAAUGAAACUCAGUCGCUCCACCCCGGCCUGAGAGCCAUGUGCGAUCAUAUCUCAUAUAACAACGAUACAGGAACUAUGUCCGAUGCAAAAGGCUGGGCACAUCGUAAGGGUGUUGACUUUACACUGGACCGGCUGCAGAGCUGGCCAGGUCUCAUCGAUCAGAUAGACUUCGGUAGAGAAACGAUCUCCUGCCCAGUCAAAUCUGUGCAACCAAAGUCACCUCAAUGUGUGAGGGAUGACAAGCUGGAAGACAUCUCAUGGAAAUACCAAUACUGCACCAAAUGGGGAUAUCUGCAAGUUGGAAACCCAGGCGUCAAUCAGAUUGUGAGCAAGUACUAUGAUUUAAACUUCUUUCGCCAUCAGUGUCAGUGUCAAUUCAAUUUCACCGGCACUGGAAAUCGCGCCAUCCCUCUUAUCCCGCAAGUUGAUUUGAUCAAUCGUAUGUAUGGUGGUCAAAAGAUGCGUCCGUCCCGUACAUUUUUAACUGAUGGUGAAUUUGAUCCAUGGAGAACCCUCUCACCGCUCAUGGUCGACAACAUAACAAUUCCAGACUACGACGCCCCCACCACACCAGAAGCCCCGUUGUUCGGCAGGGUAUUGCGUAAUAAGCAGCACUGCGGAGACUUCGACAGCUACGAUGAAGAUGCUAAAGCUGCACAUGCACGUUUCUCUGAGGCUUUGAAUCAGUGGUUAUGCUCCUAUACGAAGAAGAACAAAAACAACUUGAACAAAGGUGCGGAGAACAUCCUCUGCCCAAAGAAAUGA